UUUCCGGAGUCUCUUUUUGUGACCGGGUCUCAGCGGUGCAGAGGUGGCGGUGGCUAUGAGGCAGAAGCACUACCUUGAGACUGCGGCGCGGAAACUACAAGAUAGCUGCCCGGGCCAGGCCCGCUAUCUCCUCUGGGCCUACAGUUCGUCACACGAUGAUAAAAGCACUUUUGAAGGAACAUGUCCAUACUGUUUCCAGUUGCUGGUUCAGGAUAAGUCUCGAGUACGUCUCAAACCCAAACCCAAAUUGACACCCAAAAUACAGAAACUUCUUAAUCGAGAAGCAAGAAAUUAUACACUCAGUUUUAAAGAAGCAAAAAUUUUGAAAAAGUACAAAGACUCCACAAGUGUAUUGGUGAUUACUUGUAAAACAUGCAACAGAACAGUUAAACAUCAUGGUAAAAGUAGAAGCUUUCUGUCAACAUUGAAGAGCAAUCCUACCACUCCUGCAAGUAAACUCAGCCUAAAGACCCCAGAGAGAAAGACUCUAAGUUCUGCAAAACUAAAUCAUGAUAUGUCUGGUUCCAAAGCCAAGAGCCCAGCAUUGAUUUUCAGAGCUAAAUCUGGACAGUCAACACCCAUUUGCUCCUCAAAGAAUGUGAGCAAAACAAAGAAACACUUCUCUCAACUAAAAAUGUUGCUUAGUCAGAGUGAAUCCGAAAAGAAUCCAAAGGUGGACUUCAGAAAUUUCUUGUCUUCUUUGUAAAGGAUGGACUAUGAAAAUAAGAAAUGUUUAAUGUAAUUUCUGAAACUAAAGUUAGUCAGAAAACCUACUUUUAAAGAACUUAUUUAUUCUUAAAAUACAUGGAAACUAGGGUUCAAGAGCAAACUUUUCUUGGCAUUCUUCAGUGUUUAUGGAGAAAAUACCUCAUUAGAAUGAAAAACUGAAACCUGCCUACCUCACCAGGUGAUUGUGAGGAUCAAAAAUUUAUGAAAGGUCCUUGUAAGUAGUAAAGAUAUAUAUGGAAUUGAGUGGUUAUAUUAUUAUUUUCUCCUCCCUUAAGUUUUCAUUAUGUCAUUUUAUUUCAUAAGGAAAUUGAGAUCUUUAUGAGAGGUGUGCUUACUCCUUUCUAGGUGUCUGUAACCUUAUUGAUAAUUCAGAAAAACAAUAAAGUAUAAUAUUUCACCAUAAGUGGCA